AGCAGCCUGUGUCCCGCGGUGGGGGAGGAACCCUGAGCUCCGGCAGAAGAAACAUCACAGCGCAUUCCUGCGCAGCGCCGAGUUGCCAGAGCCUGAUUAGAAACAUAUCCGAGUGGCCGCGGGAGGCUGCUUUGAUCCACUAAGGAGCCGGGGUCCGGUCCAGUUCAGUUCAGCGCACACAGCAGAGAGUCUCUCGCUGUCUCCCUGUCAGCUUUGGUAGAGCAGAUAUGCGGACAGAGGCGGACGGACGCUUGAGUAAGAGGGUGGCUGAAGCUGCCCUGACUUCAUUGACAAAGAGGCAAAGGACAGCCUUUUUACAUAUUUGUCCAUCUCAUGGAACACUCUCACCCCAACCAUGCUGAUUUAUUUAGUAUCACAAGAUUUCUCUGAGUAUGUGUCACUACUGAAAGCUGCUUUAAGUCGAACCGUAGAGGAGCUGCUUUUCAUUUACCUAUUUUGGUGGAGUUUAUUGAAGCAGGCCUCCAGUCAUGUCGACAGAAGUUGAGCUAAGCCAAACCAACCAAGCAGACCCCAGCCCUCUGAAGGCUCCAUCAAAGAAGGAAAAAAAGAAAGAUUAUUUGAGCAUGCAGUAUGUAAGACUUGGGAAUGUAACUCUCCUUGUGAAUCCCAGCCAGGGAGGAGGGCCAGAGAAGACGGAUGAGUUCUUGCUGGCUAGAUUCAGAGGUGAUGGAGUCAGGUACAAGGCUAAAUUAAUUGGAGUGGAUGAUGUUCCUGAAGCUAGAGGGGACAAAAUGAGCCAGGAUUCCAUGAUGAAACUCAAGGGCAUGGCAGCAGCUGCUCGUACACAGGGGCACCACAAGCAACGAAUUUGGAUAAACAUUUCCUUGGCUGGUAUAAAAAUUAUAGAUGAAAAAACUGGGGUAAUAGAGCAUGAGCAGCCAGUCAAUAAGAUCUCGUUCAUUGCAAGAGAUGUAACGGACAGCCGAGCAUUUGGCUAUGUUUGUGGUGCAGAGGGUCAGCAUCAGUUCUUUGCUAUUAAGACGGCUCAGCAGGCUGAGCCUCUUGUUGUUGAUUUGAAAGAUCUUUUCCAGUUAAUUUUCAAUCUCAAGAAAAAAGAAGGGGAAACUGAAAAAAAGGAUGAAAUAGACAGUAAAAUGGUGGAGAAUGGGAAUGAUGCUCUGAUUAAUGUUGAAAACCAGGUAAACAGCAUUAAGGGUGUUGAACAAUUGGAUCUUUUUGGAGACAUGUCCACUCCUCCUGAUUUACACUCUCCAUCGGAAAGGAAAGACAUCUUAUUACUGGAUCUUUCCACUGAAAUUGACAGCAAUCAGAACUGUUUGAAAGGAAACCCUUUUUCAAAGGUUUCCAUCUCUUCUUGUCCUCCUCUUGUUUGUCCCAUGCCUCAGACCAAUGUGCCACCUGAGAAUCCUUUUACUUCUGAACUCGGCUUUUUUCCUGCUCCAAUUUCUGAUCCUUUCAGAGAUGAUCCAUUCUCUCGCAAUAAUCUAUCCACCUACUCUGACUUGGUAAUUUCACUAAAGUCUUCCAAUCAGAACAAAGAAAAUUCUGUCAAUGGUCCAAAGAUAAAUGGUGUUCAGAAUGGCAGUACUGACUAUUUUGAUCAACAGUUCGAUCAGCUUUCAAACAGAACUGUUAUGCAUACAUUAAAAAAUGGGCAGUGGCCCACAGAAAAUAAGGUUAUUGAACUGACCCCUUGGACUCCAAGUGACGUAACUGAACAAGAGCAAACAGCUUUGACAAAAAUUUCUACCCAAAACCCAUUUGUGGAAAGAUCUAGUCAGACACCACCUAUACAGAAUGGUGUAAAGGAGCAUUCCCAGAACAAGAUGGAUACUUUAAAGUCUUCACCUGCUGAAUCUGUGAUUAUUAGCCCUCCACCGCAAAGCACCAAACCUGGACGAGGCAGAAGGAGUGUUAAGUCUCCUGCAAAUGACCUCUUUGGGGAAGACCUGUUUGCACCAGGUAACCAAACGCAGUCACCUGCUGUGUCGCAGCCAGAUCUCCAAGCCAUAACACCACAAACAAAUCCCUUGGCCCUCUUUAACAACCCACAAAGUUCAACUUCUCCUGUGCCAGGCAUAGGGUCAUUACCCCUGGGAUCUCUCACACAGGCAGCAUCACCUUGGGGGCAGUCUCCUUCCUUGUUUUCACCACCUAAUCCCUUACCACAAGGUCCUAUAAGGGCUAACCAUCCCACACCUUUUAGUCAGUCUCCUAUUUAUGGUGCCCAUCCUGCAAGUGCAUGGCAGCAGCCUGCAUCUUUUGGGGCAGUUUCUCUAGCACAGCCACCUAACUGGGGCCCAUCUACUGUUCAAGUGCCAGCUGGAGCUUGGCCACAAAUAACACCUUUGGCCAACCCCUUUCAAUCUCAAAUGUUCACUACAGCUACACCUGGAUCAUUUGGAACAAUACCUCAAGCUAGUCCACCCCCUCAGCCCCCCCCUAGGCCGGCACCUUUAAAAGAAGUACCAAAGGUUGAGGACAGUGCUUUCAGUGAAUUGGAUCCUUUUGGAGAGAAGGAAAAGAAGAAUGUUAAGGACAUGUUCAAAGACUUUCAAAUGGCAAAACCUCCAGCAGUGCCAUCAAGAAAGGGUGACCAGCAGUCAGGCUUGAAUUCUAGUGGAGCUUUUUCUCAGUAUUUUAGUAGCAAAGUGGGUCUUGCCCAGGAAGCAGCAGAUUAUGAUGACUUUGACAUUGAUCAGAUUACAUCAAAGAUCAAUGAUCUGCCAAAACCAACUCCUCGACAGUCAGCCCCUACUAUAUCCAAGCCUACACAGAAAACUUUUGAUGAUUCUUUUGGGGGAAAUCCCUUCAAUUCUCAGUCAACAUCAAUUAAUGCCCAGUCUCAGCAGUCUUCAACAUCUGAUCCUUUUGGAGAUCCAUUUGGUAAUCCAUUUGCCUGAAUGGCAGAGAUGUGGUGAUGCUGCCUCUUUGACAGAAGUACCUCAAGUUUGUCUACAAGAAUACCCACAUGUAUUGAGCAAGUACGAAUGCUCUGAAAAGCAGUAGUCUGAGGUUUUCCUGCGUUUUUUUUACCUGCAGUGCCCUUGAAUUGCAUACACAAAAGCAACCAUCUGUACCUCAUUGUUUGAGCUGAUGUUUCUUCAAACCUGAUGAAAACUACAAAUAAUAUAUGUACAUGUAAAUACUGAAAUUGUUUUGGAGACAAUGAAGCUGCUUAGUGCAGAAUUUCAUGUCUGUGUCAUUUUUCCCUCCAAAGAGCAGAUGAAAACAAGGGUUUUGUAUCAGCAUCCAAAUGAUUCUUAUUUUUGUACCUUAGAAAAUAUCCUGAGACAAAAUUAUCAUGUAAUUCAUUACAUUGUCAACCAUAUAUUUUAUAAUGUAUUGGAAGAAAAUACUUUAAUACCUGUUGUCUUAUUCAAAAUUGCAGCAUCUUCUAUUACAGUUUGAGGACACUUAAAACACCUGCUAGCUUCUGCUCUUGUUUAGAAGUACUGAGUAGGUGUAUGUUUACCAUUCUGUUCCAAGAGGAUUAGGAAUGCAAAAUAAAAUGCUAACAACUUGUCUAUGUUAAGAAAUGAGGGUCAUUGCAGCUGAAAGUUUCGUUUUUCAUUUUCAAAUAAUAGACAAAUCAUUUCAGGGCAUCUAACACAUUAACCAGAAUCAAUGGCACAGUAGUUUUGAAAUGGAAAAGUAGUUUUCAGAAUGAAAAAGCAUGAAAACCAAAGGACAAGUGACAAAAUGUUUUACAAGAGAUACUGGUGGUACUAAUGCUUAUUCAGGGGACAUAAAGAUAAGGUUAUGCAUAUGUUAGCUGGUGUCCUAUGUUCAGAUAAAGCUCUUAUCUGUAACAUUAAGGAAAAGUAUUUUCCAGGUAGAUCAUGGUAUCAAAGUAAAAAUUAGCUACCAAAAAUCUUUUUUUGCUUCUAGCACUGUAUGGUUCAUCAGUCCUCUCCUUCUGAUCCAAUAGCUGUGACAUAUAUUGUGUUUUCUGUCUGAGUUUGUGUAUCCAAAAUGUUUGUGCACUGUUCUCAGCAUGUGGCUACUUUUUCAAUGAAUUUAUGUAGAAUUACAAUAAACUGGAAUUAUAUUGUUAACUGACACAGUAAUCUAGUUAUAUAACACAUUUGUAUUAAAAAAUAUUGUAUAAUUCAGGUAUGUCACAAAAUAAAAUAAUCAUGUGAAUGAUGUACAGUAAAA